GUAUUCAAUGACAAUGUUUGUUAGAAACGUCGAUUGAGUGUAUCUUCAUAAUGUAGAAAUAUUAAUGCACAAAAUAUCAUUUUUGUAUUCUCAGUCGUUAUUACUGUGUCGGAACAUAAUUUUUACUACAAUAAAACAUUUUUCUUAAAUACUUUUAUAUUGAUAUAAAUUGUGUAGUUUGUUUGGUACUGAUGCGCAUAUGCGGUUUCGGUGUCAAUUUAUUGUUAAAUCUUGAGACAGAUGUUAUCUAGAAGUCGUUGUGAACGAACAUGUAUGCAUGUAGAGCAUGAAAAUCAACGAAAUUCUACAAAUCAUGUGUUAAAUUUAAAUUCAUUGUUGAGUCUUGUGGUUUCAUACUCAUGUUGAUAUACGUAGUCAUCACCACAACAAGUCGAGAGGAGUGAAAGAUCAUCUGCCAUUUUGAAAUAAAAGAAUUUUUUAUGGUGUUUCUCGUUUACUUUUCCAAAAUUGAGCACAGUAACAGGAUAAAAAACAAAUGUUUAAAUGGACGCAACGUCCAUCAUCACACAGGUGUCACGCGAUGACGAACAACUAAGUAAUUUUUCUCCUGAAAAGGUUCCAUUGCCACGUGUGGAAAAUGAAUUGGCACCCCCAGGUCAAGUUGGCAAGAAACCCCGACGAGGGUUUUUGCGUUCACUGCUUUGCUGCUUCAGCAGGCAGACAAAUUCGAAAAGCUCAAAACUACCCCCAGGUAGUGUGGGUCGCGGUUCACCUCCACUUAGCCCAGGUUCCCCUAGGUUCCUGUUACCCCCAGUACGACAUCAGGACAUGCAUAAAAAGUGCAUGGUGAUUGAUUUGGAUGAGACACUAGUACACAGCUCAUUUAAGCCCAUCAGUAAUGCUGACUUUGUGGUUCCUGUGGAGAUAGAUGGAACUGUGCACCAGGUGUAUGUUCUUAAGAGGCCAUAUGUGGAUGAGUUCUUGCAAAGGAUGGGGGAGUUGUAUGAGUGUGUCCUUUUCACUGCCAGCCUUGCAAAGUAUGCUGAUCCAGUAGCUGACCUAUUAGAUAGAUGGGGUGUCUUCCGAUCCCGCUUAUUCCGAGAAUCAUGUGUAUUCCACAGAGGGAAUUACGUGAAGGAUCUUAACAAACUAGGGCGAGAUCUGCAAAAAGUUAUCAUUGUAGACAACUCGCCUGCUUCCUAUAUCUUCCAUCCAGACAAUGCUGUGCCUGUAGCCUCAUGGUUUGAUGAUAUGACUGACUCAGAAUUACUGGAUCUGAUCCCUUUCUUUGAAAAGCUGAGUAAAGUGGACAAUGUGUACACUGUUUUGUGCAACUCGAACCAUCCAUACAAUGUCAGCACAACAUCCAGCAUCAUAAACCAGUCUCCACCUCCACAGCAGCAACAUAACAGCUUACAGGUGAACAAUCACGCAACGCUCAAUGCUGGCUCGUAGCCACAUCAGGGAUUCCGCUAGCCUAGGAUACGAGUGACAUUUGCAUUCUCAUCGGGAUGCAGUUAUUUGAAUCUGGGAGUGGUGAUCUAAUAAGAUGCCAUCUCAAGUUGUUUCUGUGUGUGUGUAUAUGAGCGUGUGGGUGUGCAUGAUGGCGUUUCUUAUCACCGAUUCGUGUUGUCUCAUUAGCGGUUGCCUGUUUAAUGCGGUAUGUUUUAUCCAACAGUCCAAGUGCCAAUAUUGCCUUCUGGAUGAGUCACAAGGGAAGAGCUUCUGUCAAGAAGUGUGUAUGGUCCAACUUCCUCAACAAAGAAUAAUCCCAUUUAUUUUUGCUGAUAAAAUAGUUUUUAUAAUAGCUUCUGAAAACUGUAGCACUCAGCCUUUUGAUAAGCAUUAUCAGAUAAUUGAGUCCUAUGAUUUUUAUCAUAAUAAUCAUGGAUAUCAUGUAUAUUCUAAUAUUCGCUUGAUACAAUUUGAGGUGUCAUUUUUUUUUAUCUUGUGCAUAGUGAACAUCUUUUGUAGGAAAUAAGGAAAUAAUGCAAACACUGGCUAGAAUGUACAGUAAUAUCUUGACAAAAGUGAACCUUAUCUUACUGAAUGUUUCACAAGCAAGUUGCAGGCUGGUUCAGUUGUCAAGAGCAGUUUGGUGCUAAUUUUUUUUUUCUAACCUUGCUAGAAAAGUGUAGCCUAACAUGUGCACAUGGCUGGUAUGGCAGACGCGCGUAGUCUACCCUUCUUUCCCUCUCUCAGCUUAGUUCAGGGAGUCCAUGUCCAUGGAGUGUGUGUGUUGUCGUGCCAUUUAACCUGUUAUGUUACAUGUAUAUAUAUGCACACACACACACACACACAUAUGAAUUUGCUAAUCUUAUAUAGUGGCCUUAAUGAACAUUUUGAUAACAUUGUUAUUGUGCUCUGAUUGGAUCAGCGCUGUUGCGGUGGUCCAGUCAACUUUUUUAAUUAUUAUGAUUGCUACAAGUUUAUUAAAAGAAUAAACCAAAUUAUCUGUCACCAUUUUUCAGUAUUUUGUUUUCGGUGUAGGUAUCUUACAUGAUGGCAAGCAUUAGAUUAGCUUCCGCAGUACAAAUGAACAUCACAUGGGGUUUUACCUGUUUUAAUAUUUUAAUUUGUGCAACUCUAAGAGUUGAGGGGUGUUUUAAUUUUAGACCUGUUACUGUUGUGUUGAUAUCCCCCUUUAUGUGGUGAGAAAACUCUGGUACCCAAUAAAAGUGAUAGGUGAUUUGAAUUUUUGUACAGACAUAUGAAUGUAAUGUUUCUAUUUUUAGUACCUUUGACUCCCCCCCACACUUAUUUUAUGCUGCUGACUGUACUUAGUUGACUGCUUGUUCUGUUAUAUAUUAGUUUGAUGCUUCACAUCAUUUAGAUACACUUCUUAAUGUGAGGCAUUAAGAUGUAGCAUCAAACCACUUUGUGUUAUUCUAAUAUGUACAUAUUGGUAGUGAAAUACCCAGUAAUACUCUUCAUACAUAACCUGUGGUCUGAGGUGUAAUCAGUAGGUGCUUCCAUACGAGAAUGAGGAUUGCUCAAGGGUAAUAGAUAACAAGUGUGACGUAGCAGUUCUCAAAUGAGGGCCUGGAAUUUCAUACAGACACAUACGAGGCAUUAAGAAACUAAGGGUGAAGAGUCACCGUAACAUAUUGAGAUCUGGAGAUGAUAUACAGAAUGGCAAGAAUAAGAUGAAAAUCAAUUUUGGUAGUGGAGAUUCUGCAGUAUCUUUUUUAUUAUUAUUAUUAUUAUUGUUGUUGUUGUUGUUGUUGUUCAUGAAACUUUAAUUUCGCAUUGCGGUAACACUGGUAAAAGAUAAACUGUCUCUAAUGCUAAACAUAUCCUGUAAAGUGGCAGUUUGCAAUGUACAAAGUCAGAGCUUUAUUUAUUUAUUUAUUUUUUAACUGUGUUUAUCGUGGGUUCAAGACAAGUUAGUAUUUCAUUGAACUGCAUAUCAAUUUCUUGUAACUGGGUCUUUAAAACAGAUGUAAUUUGAAAAAUAUGGUUCCAUCUUAUAUCUGUCACCUUGUGUGUUAUGUUCCUAGCAAAUCAUAGUGAAUUCUGAUUACAAUAAAGUGCAAGGGACCAGCAUUUUUAUCACAAUGUAUUCAAGUUUUGUUAAGUAAACAUGAUGUCAGCCCAUUCACUAGAAAGCAUUGGAAACUAUGUAUUAAUAAGAGAUAAAAAAUUGUGGCCUUCACUUAUUUUCAUUUUCUGCAGUUUAAUGAGAUUGCUAGUAAGAGGAAUUCCAGUGUAAAAACUUCCUAUAUAUGGGAUUCACUGUUUAUGGAAAUUAUUCAUAUAAUGUUAAUGCCUUCUCCUUGGCGCAGAAAUGAUUAAUUUCACAUGUAGUUAGUACCACAUUCCGUAUAUGAUAAUUAGGGGACCCAUUCCUGGCAACAGCCUGUUCAUUACAUUUGUUACCUUUGAAAGCUUUUAUGAAAUGUCACAUUCUUAUGCCCAUUACAUAUUAAGAGCAUGGUCUUCUGCAAUGUGAUGUCAUGUAGUUUGAUACAUAGGUACCACCAGUUUAAAGGAAACUGCAGUCUCUGGCUUCCUCACAAACCUUGGUACCUACCUGCAUAUCAGAUGACAGGACACAUGUCCAGAAGAUAGUAUUGAUAAGUUUCUGUGACAUUUUUCUAGUCCUCUUUUCUUACAGUUUAAAAACCUUAUGUUUUAACUGUUUGCUAAUUAAUUAUAAAUGCAUUUUCUGUCUACCUAAUACUUCAGUACAUGUGUACAAAUACUGGUAUUUCUUGCAGUGAUUGUUGAUAAGUUGUGUAUUUGAGAUUUCUUCUGUGUGCAGAUCAUGUAUAGCACACACAGUAGGCCAAUAUAAGGUUGCUGUUUAUGAAAGAAGUAUGUUAGUGUAAGGUACAGUAUCUAAAAGCUAAACUGUUUUACCAGAAACUUAAAUUAAAAAUUCCUUCAGUAUAGUAGACAUGCCAUAACAGAACACAUAUCAAAAUAUGCACAUGAACACAAGCACGAUCAUAUAGAAAUGAUCUUUUAUAUUGUGUUGUUUUCCAGCUAAAAAGAGAAAAAAAGUCCACAAAGUGGAAUUUCAUACACAGAAUUGUCUUUUUGCUAAGAAAUUUGUGAGUCCAAAAGGUUUUGCAAAGAAAGUGAACUAACAGCUUUAUUUAUAAAUAAUUCAGGAAUGUGCUCAGUGUAGCACAUAUUUUGUAAUUAUAGCAUUCAUUGUAACAAUAUCAGUACAUUCUUAUUUUCCUGGGAUUUUAUGUUUUAAUUUUUCAGUCACUGUGUCAGUUACGAUUAUAUAUCUCAAAGAUAAUUACCCAGGCCCUGACUAAAAGAAUGUGUGUUAGUGAUGGCUUAUAAGCAAUUACCACACUAAGUUGGUAAUAAACAUUUGAGAACUGCUAACCUGUUGAGCUGGAGUAAAUAUACAGGAGGGACCAAAGUUAGUAACCAUAAAUUUAUAUGUCAGAGUCUACUCCACUUAAAAUUUACAGUAGAACAGUUAUCAGUUAUUCAUUUUAUUUUUCUAAUGAGUGUUUAGAUCACUCAGCAUAGAAAGUAAUUUCAUCCUGGACGUUCGCUUGCAUUGGCCACUCACUGUUGUUUACCAAUCAUGGCCCGAAUAAAAAGUAAAGUUUUCCCUGUGCUUAAUUAAACAUCAUACCAAGAAGAUGUAUGAGGGAGUGGAGAUGGUGUCACCUUCAUGCAAAGUUACUUUAUUCCUGGGAAAAAGCCCCUGAUAUCCAUAGGAGAGGUGGCUGUGAGGGCCCCAGAACCAGUCAUGAUGCUGUGCAGAAGAAGAAUCUCUUGCUUCUGAUAAUCCAGCCUAAGGCAGGCUAG